AUGGUUGGAAGACAGACGAUCCGAAUGGAUAGUGGAAAUGGCCCUGUGACAAUUAUGGAUGAGAGUCCAACGUCCAGCCCGAAUUCAAGCCCCAGCCCUGACAUGCUGUCUUCCGACAGUCGGCGCACGGAGGGCCUGUCGCGCUCCAGGGUGGUCCCAGCCAGUCUCAGUGGCAGAGGGCGUCCGGCUGCAGCUAACGCUGCGAGGGAAAGAAGCCGAGUACAGACUCUAAGACACGCGUUCCUGGAGCUUCAGAGAACAUUGCCAUCAGUUCCACCAGACACCAAAUUGUCCAAACUCGAUGUCUUAAUAUUAGCCACUACAUACAUUGCCCAUUUGACUCGAACCUUGCAAGAGGAAGGGAUGGAGGAGGGAGAGAACACAAAACAAACUGAAGCUUUACACUCACUCAAAGGCGAUGGCUACCUGCACCCUGUUAAAAAAUGGCCAAUGCGCUCCAGACUGUACAUCGGCGCGACUGGUCAAUUCCUGAAUAAUUCAGGCCAGAGCGAGACGCAAGGAGCAUCCUCAUCAUCUCAGACAUAA